AUGUCUAAAAGAAAGAAUGAUUGGAACACUUAUGAAUCUGAUAGGUUCUUUUCUGAAGGUUCAUCUUGGGGUACACAAUACGAUUACAAUAAUAAAUACCCAAACUACAAAAAUGAGGAUCUUACUACAUCUGCAAACAAUACACAAGACUUAGUGAAUAAGAAUAAUUUAUAUAGAAAUCCCGACAGACUCAGAGGAAACCAACAAAAAACUUGGGGGUAUCAGAAUGAAUCAAAAUACCCAAAUAAUUGGACAGAUCAAUAUUGGCUUAAACAAAAUGACAUUCCUACAUCGACACAGACGUCUCAAAGUGAGCAGUUAAAUUUUAAAAAACCUAAAAACAAUAUAGAAAAAUCUUUAAACAAAAUGCUUGCACAACCAGCAGAAAUGAGUAAAGGUAAAAGUUUAUUAGAAAAAAUGGGUUGGAAAGGUGGUGGUCUUGGUAAAGAUGGAGAUGGGAUAGUUGAUCCUAUAGUACCUAAGGCUACAUAUGCAACACAGACUAUAGGUCUGGGACUUCUGGCAGAAAACGAAAAUGAUCGUAAUCAAAAUGGCCGUGGGAAAAAUAAAGAAAGAAAUAAAAUAAAAAAACUAAAAAAACAAGCAAGAGAGGAGCGAGAGUUCGAACAGAACGAACUUCAAUUCAACUAUUAUUUCAAGACGAAUGUACUGUUGCAAAUAUUAGAAUUUGUUAAAAAUAACUCCAAAAUAGUACUUCGGUUUGAGGAGAAAUUGACCAGAUUAGAAAGGAAAAAAAUACACCAUCUUGUUGAAAAUGUGCGAGAGUGUGAAGAUCCUGAGUUUUUGGAUUUUGAUAAAGACAGUGAGAAAGAAAUAGCUGGACAGAUAAUGCUUCAUAAUAAUUAUAUAUUGAAUACAGAGAGUGAUGGGAAAGGAGCUAAACGGCUACUAUGCAUAUAUAAAGAAGCUCCCGAAAACGUAUAUUUAAUAACUCCAGACGAUUUGCGAGAAGAUUAUGAAGAAAACAAAACUGAUAUAAAAAAUGAGAGCACGAAACUUAACUGUAAUAUUAAAGAUAACGCCACAUCCAAUGAAAAGAAAAAUACAAAAGAUGAAGAAAAUAAAUUGGAAAUAAAUGAUAUUCAAAUGAAACCUGUUGAUAAUUCCGAAAAAGAUUCAUGCGAUAUAAGUAAAUCAGAAAAUGGAGGAAUUGAUUUCAAACUAAAAAUAGUUUCUGACUUAGAUAUAAAUAAUGAAAUCGAUAUUGAUACAAAUAAUAAACAUAAAGAUAGAAAAGAGAUGGGGAGAGAAGAAAGAAGAGAAGAAGAAGAUAACGAAAAUUCCAAAAUUAAAGGCAAAAAGUGCAAAGAAAAAGAAAGCAGCUUAAAGAAGAUAAUUGAUUAUUUCAAGGAAUUCGUAGAUGACUCGAUUUAUAAAGAAUUCAGGUUUCUCGGAGACUUUAAUAAUGAUGAAAAUGAUUCGAUAAAAUUGUUUUUUGAUAUCUGUCUGAAAAAGCCUUUUGAGUGUGAAGAAGAAAGUGAAUUGGUGAAGAUUUUAAGCCAUGAAGUUCACACAUUUAAUAUUGAAGAAGAUCCCAAUGGAAAUUUAUUAAUCAUCAAAUUACAAAAUCAUGAGUUGCCAAAG